AGAAUAUGCGUAAGUGCACUGCCAAAUCGCUCUGUUGUACGAAACUAAAUCUGACAAAUUCUGGCAAAAGUCGGUCAAUUUGUUUACAUUUAGCUGCUAAUUGGAUAAAUGGAUCAAGAUGGACAAACAUAUUUGCGGAGCCUGUGGGUCAGAUUCCUCCACCAUAGAAGAUUUCAUACGCCACAAAAGGUCUGAAUGCAAAUGGGUCCCUACAACCACUCAAGUUGUCAAAACUAUUGGCCUCAACUUGUCUACACCAACUCGAUCCCAAGCCGACUCAACUCAAGGCCAGACUAGACAACAUCAGAGAGUUACUUCAACAACCCCUGUAGAGACAAGCUCAGAUAUUCUAGAAGGAUCACCUAGUACAGAACCAGAAGAGACAGGGAGGAAGAAGAAGUCAAGGAAAAGGAGUGCUGAAGCGCCUCCUAGAGGAGCACCAAGAAAGAAUCCAGGAGAAAAGAGAAAACCUAAGCAAUACGUCAAACAGUUUAAAUGUGACUUUGAACUCUGUAAGUUUGUGACAGCUCAUCAGAAAGAUUUGCACCGUCAUCGAAGGAUUCACACCGGGGAGAAACCAUUCAAAUGUCAGUUCUGCGAGAAACGAUUCUCCAGAGACGAUAAGAGGAAGAUUCAUGAGAGAGCCCAUACAAAGGAGAAGCCCUUUGCUUGUGAACUGUGUACCUACAGGUGUGCCGAUGGGGGAAGCUUCAAGAAACACAUGCGUGUCCAUUCAGGUGAUAGACCCUACCAGUGUCAACUCUGCUCCUACGCCAGUCGCAAUUCAAGCCAGUUGGUUGUCCACCUGCGCCGCCACACCGGUGACUCGCCGUUCCACUGCCAGCAGUGUGAUGCAAAGUUUAAAACCAACACCGAUCUGAAAAGGCAUACCCUCAUUCACACAGAAAGCAAACCAUUUGGCUGUGAUCAGUGCAGCUACAGAUCUCAUUUCAAAUGCAAUCUCAAGUCCCACAUUCAGACCAAUCAUAGAGGGGAAGUGAAGUACAAAUGUGAUAAGUGUCAAUUCCAAUGCAGAACUCGAAAGCAGAUGGACAACCAUGCAAGUUGUGACCAUAGCGCAUCUUCCAAAACCAAAACAAGCAUGGAACCUUCCGAAAAUAAUAAACAGAAGAAUUACAGGAAAAUGUUCUUGUGCGAAUAUUGUCCAUACCAUGCAAAGCACAAUAUUACCCUGUUGAUGCAUACAAAGAAGAAACAUCCGGAUGAAGGGAAAGCUGUGGAAACUUCAAAUAUGAAGACACCAACAAAAAACCGGAUGGCCAAAGCUCCUUCCAAAUCAAAGAAAGCGUCAAGGAAAAAUGUGAGAAGCUCUAAGCCAGCGAUUCCAGUAUUUGAUGGGAAAAAACCAUGGUCAUGUGAGGAUUGUGAUGCAUCAUUUGUUAGGGAAGACUCCUACAGGAGUCAUAGGAGACAGCAUGAACAGCUCCAGGAGAACGAGGGUACAGAACAUCAAGUGCUGCAGAACACUCCAAGGGCAUUGGAAAAGGGAUGUGAUGAGAGAUGUGCUGACUCCUCAAAUCUUGAUGAUGCUAUUGUGAUUACAGUAGACAAAAACUCUCAACCAGUUACAAUGGAUCUUGGUGGGAGUGAACAUUGCCAUCCUAGAAUAACUGAGAAUGUGUCUUCGAGAAAUAGUGCUUCGCAGCUUGAUGAUCAAAGUACUGAGAGUUAUCCAAGUACCAAUGGUACACAUGUAUCAGGUUCUUCUUCCGCUUCUUCUAUGGGUACCUUCUCAAUACCUGACCCACUUUCAACGGGUGCAGAGGUCUGUAUCUCAGGAGACACUUCAUUGACCAUCUCAGCUACAGGUCAUGACAACCCUGCAGACAAUGCAAUAAACGUUCUUCCAGAGUCCAGUGAGCCUCGAGUUGCAACCUGUCAAGGAAAACUAAUAACAAUGAUGCCAGUCAACAUGAACAGGACGUCCUCUGAACUUUCCGCUCAUGUGUUGUCUUCAGGGAUCAUUGUAGCACAGGACUGUGACACUUAUGUUCAAGAAAUUGGCGAUGAUGGACAGCUGCAGCAGAGUGAGGCCAUUCAAACUCAGACGCUCGGCUAUGGAACCUCCAACAUUCCAGUCCUUGUGUCUACUAUGUCUCAUUCUCCCACUGCUGCUAUUUCAAGUUCUAGUUCACCUUGCCAAACUGUUUUCAUCAAUGCCAUGAAGGCUUCUCAGAAUGAAAACAAUGUUGUAGACAAUGUUGGUCUGAGCAUUCCCCAACCACCCAAUGCUACUUAUGUCUCGCUUUCAAAUAUUGGUAUCAGAGGAGUAAAGACCGUACCAGUGAUUUGCGCUAAUCAGCCACAAACAGUUCAGCCAGCCUUGGCAACGGGCACAGUUCAACAAGUUGCUCACAAACACCAACAACCGCAGAUACUUGCGGGAGCUGAGCAGAAUUGUUUUGGAACUGUGAACAUUGCUACAAACAACAAUGCAGUGACCGUCAACCCAGCCAGCUUGACCGUAACCAACCUCGGUGUAUCCUUAUCAAGUUCAGUCACUGGCUCACAGCCACCCGGUCAGAUUGCCAUGCAUACAUCGUCUUUACCGACAAGAACAUUUAUUUUGAAUGGAAGGGAGCUGAGCCAGGCUGGUCCAGCGAUGGGGGUGACUUCUGGAGCGAUCAUCCUGCCCAAAGUGCCUCAAUAGCCGUACUUCAUAUGGUGCUCGUCUGGUGUCAGGAGCGACAAGACUGAAACUGCAAGGUAGACCCGAUCAAUCGCAGGGAGGGGGCGAGCACGUGCACCAUUUAUCAAGUUAUACUCCGGCGAUAAUCAAAUUUUGAGCCUACCCACCCAAGGACAAGAAAAAGAUGCAUGGACAUCACAGACUAUCUGGGGUAUUUUGCAGCCCUCUUGCAAGGAGUCUUCUCCAAUACUUGAUGGAGAGCACACAGGGAUUUGAACUGAGGGACUUGCCAGUUAGCACCAAACCACCAGGCCUUCACUGAGUUAAUCUUGAUUUUUCUACAAAAGGUAUCAGCUGUCUUACGAGAGAGAUGUCUUAUUUCACGGAUCUACAAGUG